UGGUGCGUGCGCGAUCGUGAGAACGGCACGCAUUUAACUGAUUGCUCUCGCUAAAUGCAGAGCCGUCAGCGCGGUUGUGUUUUCUGCGUUUGAAUUUUCUUCACAUCUUAUAUAGGCAAUGCCUAGACCACGCAAUGGUGAUGUUACCACGUCGGAAGGCUCUCAGGAGCCGCUGAGGUUCUUCGUGCUGCCAAAUAAAUACGCAGCGGAAGACGAACAAACACACAGUAUCGUGCCACUGCCACACCCAAAAACAGAGACAUCGUCACUGUACCUGAAAGCAGACUCGGGUGAAUACCUAGAGCUAGUCAAAUUCAAGGAGAAGCGUGGAUCCUGGAUUGUUGAAGACUUUGUGGAGCCAGAUGGGUCACUGUAUGUUGCCACUCCCAUGGAUCCCCUGUUCUUUGCUGUUGCUCUUUUGCAAAAGAGUAACAAGUUUCGGCCACUGGAGGACUUUGUGGAGGACAACUUGUAUCCUAACCUUCUGAGUGUCAUUAAUUCCUGCAGCAGCCGUUUGCGACACGUUGCGGACAUCAAAGAGCUGGGUGAGGACCGAGUGUACCGCUACAAUGAGUCUAAGUGCAUUGCCUGGCUUACCAAGAAGGUGAAGGCCGUGGCAGCAGCGCUCGAGUCAGCCGACAUCCAGGUUGGUGCAACAUGUGUCACUGCUGCUCUGGUCAGGAGCAAACGUGACACCAGGCCUACAAAUGUCGACGGCUUUGUCUCGGUGCUUUACCGCCCUAGUGUAGAUGGUGGCACUCGUCAAGUCAAGUAG